AAAAAAAAAAAAAAAAAAAAAAAAACGAAUCCUAAUACACGUUGUUUGGUUUCUUCUCUCUUUGUUUCCGCAAUAUUUUUUAACUUGGCUUAAUAAUAGUUUUGAUAGAAUGAGCAUGCCAAAAAAAGCUUUAAUAUUUUACUGCCCAUGUGGGCCUAAUGAACCCAUUCCUAAUGUCGACAUGUUAACGACAAAGGGUUGCUCCGGUCAGCUAAUUUUAGAAGCUACUGAUGAUACAAUGGUUGCACAGUUAUUAGGUUUGGAUACGCAUCAAAUCAAAUCAACCUUUCAGCAAAGAUUCCAUGACCUGUCAUUGGCCAUUCUUUCCAAUGAUACUAAAACAAUAGACAUUGGACACCAAUUAAAUUGUUUACGUCUACCUUUGAAUUCCACAGAUCAAAUCAUUCAAUUGCUGUCAUCCACAGAAAUCGAUGUUUUCUUUGUGGACUUUACAGACCAAAAGAAUCCAUGGCAUAUCAUCAAUAAGUUGCUAGUUCUGGAAAAUAAGGACCUCAUUCAAUGCGUUGUUUCUCCGUUUACAUUGCCAGAGCAAGUAACCUCUCCCAUUAUGCCCCGUCAAAGCUACCAAAUGAAGAACGGAUUAGAAGUCAAUACCAAUGACCAGACUGCACUUAUGUAUUCUUACUUUCAUUCUGGUUCUGCACGCACAGAUACCACUACACAGUACACCCUUCAGAAUAUACAAUCACAUGGUGGAAACAACAAAAUUCUUGCAUGGCAUUUUUUAGCAGAAAUAGCUCACAAGUUAGGUUUCGUGUCAAAAUACGGUGCAUAAUAUAAGAAAAAAUUAAAAUAAAAAAAAAACAA